GCCUAAACACGACGUGUAUUUGCGAUAGUAAUUAGAAAUGGUGACUCUGAAGUUUGCUCUUUUAACUAUUUGUGCUAUAUGCGCAUUCCUUUCACUACCAAAUGAGUCGUUAGCUUUUGGUGAAGCUACUAAGCUCAGUGGUGACGAAUUGACAGCUGCUGUAGGUACUCUUGAGACGGCUUUAAGUAAAUUGAGUACUGGAGAUGGUCCCAGUUAUAAGAUUUCAAAGGUGAACUCAGCCAGCAAGCAAGUAGUGGCCGGCAUUUCGUACAGGUAUAAUGUGGAUCUCACUGAUGAAGAUAAGAAUGUUAAGAAUUGCAAUGUUCAAAUCUGGUCGCGACAGUGGUUGAAAAACGGCAAUCAAGUUACAGUCGUUUGCAGUGGUGCAAAUGCGGUUAAGUUUAAUUAUUAAAACUGACAAAUAUACUAGAGUACACUAACACACAGCUUUAAUAAAUUACCAAGUAAAACU